CAUAUUUUUAUUUUAUAUCCGUCGAAGCCAAAAUUGUAUGGCUUCCUAAGAUUAUGAAAGCCGUUUUCAGUUCUCAAACAUGUCUUCUUCUUCUUCUAGUUCUUCUCUCUUCUCCAGACCUUCUGUUGGAAUGCAAAGAAGACCCUUGGCUGCGCAGUCUCAUGCAGCCAAUCAGAACCCUUCGGCAGUGAUGCGUCCAGACAUCGAUCCUCCCCCGAAACCAAGGGCUUUAACACAGUGCCUUGCCGUGGGACUCUUCAUCUUCCUUUUGUUGUUGCAGUUCUUGCCGGUCACCCAUUUCCGUGAUCCUUCUGAUCCACUCGGUACCUGGAUUCCCGCUGAUUCCAAUCUUCGUUACCAAUCCUCCUCUUCCUCUUCUAACGUGUCUUCCACUGCUGGUGGGAAGGUUGACACGAUAAACAUUGUCUCUUGGAUGGACUGUUUGGAUCUUCAAGUCCUUGCUGUUCUUGCAAACUCCACUUUGUCAAACUCAAGAUAUCCAGACAAGGUUUACUUUCAUUUCUUUAUACCUUCAGGACAGGACGAGAAAUUAUUUUAUUACAAGCUGAAAGUGUUAUUUCCACAUUCCAACCUUGAAGUUCUCGGGCAGAAGGAAGUUAAAGAAAUAUUUGCGACUGUUAUCUCACAAGGCGAAUUUGGUGGACCCGCUUUUCAUGAAAUGGCCCCAUUUAUCAUCCCAAUAGCUCACCCAUCUAUUAGCAGGUUCAUUUAUGUCUCUCCGGAUAUAAUUGUGAAGGGAAGGAUGGAAGAACUAUAUGGAGUCGAUCUGAACAUGUAUGGAGCUGCUGCUGCCGAGGACUGUACUAAAAACUUGAGUACCUAUGUUAAAUUUGAUGUUCUGGAUGCUAUUCAAAGAUCAGCAUCUAAUCCUUGGGUAUCUAGAGAACCUUACGAAAGAAGUGCUUGUGUGCCUGAUCUUGAUGUGAUUUUAAUUGAUUCAAGGAUGUUGAAAAUUAAUAUGGUCGAAGCCAUGUUGUGGUGGAGCAGAAUUCUGAAUAUAGGGAGCAAAAGGAAAACGCAGAUACAUCCGGCAAUUGUAUUGACACUUUACAACAGGUAUCUUAAGCUUCCUGCCACCUGGAGGCUCGAGGAGUCAAGGUCAUCUCCCGAACAAGAGAGCGGAGUUCUCCGGUAUGAUGGACCCAGGAAGGUAUGCAAUGAACUUGGCAAUGUGAAGACCGUGGAAUCAAAUUUAGGCCAUAUCUGGGAGCAGUAUAAUCCCCAUAUGUCAGAUUGAAUUUUGGGCAUUUAAAACUGGACAAGAGUUUCUCAUGGUGCUGGCAUCCGCAGUCUACAUGGCGUAAAGUUGGUGAUUCCAAGAUGAUGUCCGUUUUCGGUAUUUAAAAAUGAGUCUCAGCAAAUGACCCUUUUGAACCUUCAGGUGCUUCUGCUUGUGGAACAUUGAGAGCCAUAACACUUCCAACGUUUUCAUUGUCUGUUGUCCUUGGACCAGCUCUCUUAUGCCAGCCUGAUGGCUCUUAUGACCUUUGGGUUGGUUGUUUUCCAAAAUCCUUACCAAUAUAACAUCAAUUCAGUAUACAUUGCUUAGGCUGUUUGUUGUAUCAUGUAGUGUAAAUUUUCUGUUGUUUAUAUUUGAAAUUCUUUUUGAUACCUUAA